AGCGCGCCGAUGCUGGCGACAACGCUCGACGGUUACGACGUGCUAUUGGGACGCGAUUGGCUACGACGAUUCAACCCGCAGAUCGAUUGGACAACAGGCGAGUGCACAGUGAAGUGCGAUAAAGGUUGGCAAAAAUUACCCACGUGGCCGGAAGCAGAGACAACAUCGACACGAGUCAACGCGGUGUGCCUCAAUCGAGCGGUCAAGAAUGGAGCAGAUUUAUACGCCGUCCAUCUAACCGAAUCGACGGAGCGGAAUGAGGCGACCGACAUCAACAAACUCUGCCCCUCGGUCCCGGAUGACUUGGCGAAAAUCAUUCGAGAAUAUCCUGAAAUCUUCCCGGACGACUUGCCAAGUGGACUGCCACCCGAACGACCCCAGGACCACAAAAUCGAGCUGGAGCCCGGCGCGCAGCCUAUUGUACGCACGCAAUGGCGCCUGACUCAGCCAGAGCUACAGGAGUUACGAAACCAGUUGGACUACCUGGUGGCGAAAGGGUUCAUUCGGCCGAGCACGUCCCCGUUCGCAGCACCGAUCCUGUUCACACCAAAAAAAGACGGUGGACUUCGCAUGUGUACGGAUUAUCGUGCCCUUAAUCGGGUAACGAUUAAAUCGCGCUACCCAAUCCCACGAACGGACGAACUGAUCGACAACCUUCGCGGAGCUCGUUACUUUUCGAAGAUCGACCUUCGUGGCGGUUACCAUCAAAUUCGAGUGUUCGCUGACGACUGCCACAAGACCGCGUUUCGUACUCGCUAUGGGAGCUACGAAUACACGGUGAUGCCGUUUGGAUUAACGAACGCCCCCUCGACGUUUCAACUCACCAUGAAUGGGGUAUUCCGCGAUCUACUCGACAAAUGCGUAAUAAUUUAUCUGGACGACAUCCUGAUCUACAGCAAGACCCGGGAGCAGCAUUUAAAAGAUUUGGAAGCCGUUUUUCAGCGGUUGCAGCAGCAUCGACUCAUCACCAAGGGCUCCAAGUGCGAGUUUUUAAAACAAGAACAGGAGUUCCUGGGGCAUGUGAUCUCCACGGAGGGGAUUCGAAUAGACCCGAAAAAACUCUGGGCUAUUCAGGAGUGGAAAGCGCCAACAAAUUUGCAGCAGCUGCAAUCAUUUCUGGGUUUCGUGAAUUACGUACGGAGGUUUAUACCCAACAUGGCGGGGUUAACUGGACCUCUAACCGACCUACUGCAGAAGGGGACUUUUUACGAGUGGGGGGAGAAGCAGCAAGCUGCGUUCGAGGCAUUAAAAAAUCUUUUAAUGUCGCCACCAGUACUUCGCAUCGCUGACCCGGAACGGCCCUUCGAAGUCAUCACCGACGCAAGCGACAUCGCCAUCGAAGCAGUGCUCAUGCAGGAUUUCGGCAACGGGCUUCAACCAAUCGUGUACGAGUCUCGGAAAAUGCAAUCUGCUGAGCGCAACUACCCAGUACACGACAAGGAGAUGCUGGCGAUCGUCCACGCGUUCAAAAUCUGGAGGUGCUACCUGACUGGAGCAGACGUGACGGUGCGAACCGAUCACGAAUCACUACAGUAUCUGAGGGCGCAGCCGAACCUCAACCCGCGGCAGAUACGCUGGCUGGACUAUCUGGAGUCAAAUUUUACGUACAAGAUCACGUACAAAAAGGGCGCCAACAAUAUUGCCGACGCCCUUUCCAGACCAUCUGCCCAACUCGCAGCAGUACUAGUCGCUCAGAGCAACCCGCUACUGAGUGGACUAUUUACCCACGGGUAUUCGACUGACCCCUUCUUCGUAAACGACGGCCAUCUCCCAAUCACUACGCGGAAAGGCGUCUAUUACUUACGAAGCGGGACUGAUCGAAUUUGGGUCCCAAGUUAUCGUCUACUUCGCGAAUUACUAAUUCAAGAAGUCCACGAUUCGAAUUUAUCGGGACAUUUCGGGGUUGAUAAAACUCUGAAGGCGUUGCAGUGGUUAUAUUACUGGCCAGAUAUGGUGACGGACGUGCAGCGUUACGUGGCCGCGUGUCCGAUCUGCCAACGAAUGAAGUCGUCACACCAGCGGCCCACAGGACUGCUGCAGCCCCUCGAGCCACCUCAACGCCCAUGGCAACACGUAACGAUGGAUUUCGUUACGAGACUACCGGCUGGACCCAGCGGAAACGACGCGGUUUUGGUUGUCGUCGACCGAUUGACGAAAAUGGCACAUUUUGCACCAUGUCGUACAACCAUCACAGCCGAAGAAACAACGCGCCUGUUCAUCUCGGCCGUCGUUCGCCUACACGGGAUACCAGCAGCAAUCAUUAGCGAUCGAGAUCCGAAGUUCACGUCCAAAUUCUGGCAGGACACGUGGGCUCGGUACGGCACGCGCCUACAGUUCUCAUCUGCGUAUCAUCCACGAACGGACGGCCAGACGGAAAGGACAAAUCAAACGAUGGAGCAGCUGAUUCGGACAAACUUCCCCGACCGGAAGAAAUGGGAGGACGUGCUGCCCAUAUUGGAAUUUUCCUACAACAAUGCGCCCUCAUCUACGACUAAUCACUCCCCGUUUUACCUCAAUUACGGGAUGGACCCUACAGUGCCAAUCUCCACCAACGUUGAGAGCCAAGUACCACGAUCACAGCAGUUCGUCGAAGAACUACAGACUGCCCGCGACAAAGCUGUCGAACUUAUUCGCAAGGCGAACGCAACUGCCCGACGGUAUACGGAUUUACAUCGCCGGGAUAUUACGAUGACAGCGGGGCAACUAGUCCUUUUGGACACCAAGAAUUUACGACUGCCACUACCGACAAAAUUACGACCACGUUUCUGUGGCCCGUUUAAGAUCGUGAAGAUGGUGACGCCGGUGACCGCCCAGUUGCGCCUACCUGAUGACUGGCGAAUUCACAACAAAUUCCACGUGAGUCUGUUGCGACCCUUCGUUCCUGACAGAACCGCCUCGGUUUUUCCAGACCUUCCGGUUCGACCUUCGGGAGUUCUCCAGGCCUCGCUUCGUCACUUCGAGACCCUUCGAUCUCCUUCCCGAACCUUCCCAUCGCAUGGUUAGACUAGCUCUGGUGUUCCUAUAUCUUG